AUGCCGUCGGCCUGCCUGAAAGGCAGCACCCACUAUGUUUGCUCCUCUUUACCAUCCCUUGCUUGCUCCUUCCCUUCUCUAGCUUGCCCACCAUGUUUACACCCCCAUUCUUCACUUCCACUGCUCCCUCCCACCCGCUUACCCCUCCUCUCCCAUCUCUUUCCGCUCUCUCCCUCUGCGGUUAUGAAAGGAAGCGGAUUACUCUCCUUACUCUCUUAUCUCUCCCCUUCACACUCCCUCGCCCUCUUGUCCCCCUCGCACUCCCUCACUCUUUAUCUCUCCUCCUCGCACUCUUGUCCCCCUCGCACUCCCUCGCUCUUGAUCCCCCCCCCUCGCACGCCCUCGCUCUUUAUCUCUCCCCCUCUCACUCCCUCGCUCUUAAUCUCUCCCCCUCGCACUCCCUCGCUCGCUGAUCUCUUUCCCCUCGCACUCCCUCGCAACCUUAUCUCUCCCCCUCGCAUUCCCUCGCUCCCUAUCUCUCCCCCUCUCACACUCCCUCGCCCUCUUAUCUCUCCCCCUUGCAAUCCCUCGCUCUUUGUCUCUCCCCCUCGCACUCCCUCACUCUUUAUCUCUCCCCGUCACACUCCAUCGCUCUCUGAUCUCUUUCCCUUCGCACUCCCUUGCUCUCCUGUCUCUCUCCCCUCGCACUCUCCCGCUCUCUAA